UCCCUUGAUACGGGCGGAUGGUUAUAUGCUUGGUAACGUUCUUCUUCGGACAUUGUCAGAUAUUUUGCGGCGGGCAAACGAAUCCAGUCGUCUUCUACCGAACAAUGUCCGCGCCGUUCUUCUGAAGUCGAGCCUUGGCGUGUGCGUAGCGUAGGCAGGUAUGUGCUACAUUCUGCAAGCAACUCGAUGAACUGUGGUUGUUUGUUACUGGGGUUCCAUUGAGCACCAUGUGCUUGAAAAAAUGCCCGUUCGACAUUGAUUUGCUUCUAGUCUCGUCUGAUACAUCGGUUGGAGUCUCGGGCAGACUCGAAGGUGAGCCGAAGCAGUUUGGUUUUCUUUGAACGCCAACAGAGGGACAUGAGUUACCUUCUCUCGCCUCAUGGUCUUAUCUCAUUCUCUGAUACACGACUUCACCUUGGACUUGAACAAUCUAGAAUUAGGAAUGUACGUGGAGUGAAUUCGUCAAGUCCACGUAGAGUGGUGUUGGUGGUGAAAUUGCAGGCAAGAAGUUGCCGUAUAAACCCGCCAAAGAACCUUCGUUAUCCUCGUCGCACCAAGCUUCCUCCAAAAUUUGUGACUGGCGACUUGUGGAAGAAGCAACCUUCCACUGACCAUCCUACGUCUCAGAUGGACUGGAGAUGUGACGAGACGCCUGAUUUACCCGAUGAAAAUCCCAUGGUUCGUCAGGACCCUGACGAUGGUGAAGAUGGCAAUGAAGAGGAUCGGAAGAAAGAACUAGGGGAUGAAAAGGAAUGUGGUGAUAACAUUGUUUGGGAAAAUGAUGAGAUUGAAGCAAUCUCAUCCCUUUUCAGAGGGAGGAUUCCUCAGAAACUCGGAAUGCCAAAAAGGGAAAGGCCUCUGCCGCUCCCAUUUCCCCAUAAAAUUCGGCCUUCAGGAUUCCCUUCACCCAAGAGAAAUGCGAGAACGGUUUCUUCUACAGUCAUGCCUUCACGACAAUCUUUGUCCAAGCGAGUGUACAAGAACCCAAAUUUCCUAGUUGCACUAGCCAAAGAGAUUAGAAGCCUUCAUGCAGAAAAAGACGUGUCAGCAGUUCUCAGCAAGUGGUCUGGAUUCCUUCGGAAGGGGUCUUUGUCACUGACAAUCCGGGAGUUAGGUCACAUGGGUCUUCCUAAGAGAGCUUUGCAGACUUUCUGUUGGGCCCAGAAACAACCCCAUCUCUUCCCUGAUGACCGGAUUUUGGCUUCAACUGUUGAGGUCUUGGCAAGGACCCAUGAGCUAAAAAUGCCAUUCAACAUGCACAAAUUCACUAGGUUGGCAAGCAGGAAUGUGAUUGUUGCUAUGUUGAGGGGCUUCAUUAAAGGAGGAAGCUUGGAACUUGCCUGGAAGCUAUUUUUAGCUGCAAAGGAUAGUAGAAGAAUGUUGGAUUCCAGCAUCUAUGCUAAGCUAAUUUUGGAAUUUGGAAAGAACCCAGAUAAGCAAAUGCUGGUACUGUCCCUAUUAGAAGAACUUGAAGAAAGAGAUGAUCUGGACUUGAGUCUACAAGAUUGUACAGCUAUAAUGAAAGUCUGCAUUAGGCUUGGGAGAUUUGAAAUUGUGGAGAGCCUUUUUAAUUGGUUCACACAAUUGGGGCAUGAACCUACAGUUGUUAUGUACACUACUCUGAUUCAUAGCCGUUUUACAGAAAAGAAAUAUAAGGAGGCAUUUGCAGUGGUCUGGGAAAUGGAAGGUUCAAAUUGCCUCUUUGAUUUUCCUGCUUAUUGUGUGGUUAUAAAGCUUUGUGUUGCUCUGCAUGAUCUCUCCAGGGCUGUACGAUACUUCUCAAAACUUAAGGAGGCAGGUUUCUCUCCUACCUAUGGCAUCUACCGAGAUCUGUUCACCAUUUACAUGGCUUUUGGGAGAUUGGCAAAGUGUAAGGCGGUCUGCAAGGAGGCAGAGAUUGCAGGUUUUGUGUUGGAUAAGCAAAUGAGGUCACACUUGUUGCAACUUCAAAUAUGAACCAGGACCAGAACUUGGGAAAGACGAUUGGCAGUGCUAGAGAGAUAAACGAACUUUAUUAUUUGGAUGGGGAUGUCUUUCGUCAUAAAAAAGCUCACGGAUUAAGUGGUACUAGUUUUACUUCUGUUUCUACUCAAAUAAUGCAAUGGCAUCUUAGGCUAGGCCAUCCUAGUUUUCUUUACUUAAAACAUUUAUUUCCUAAGUUGUUUAAAGGAGUGGAUCAUUCUAUGUUUCAAUGUGAAAGUUGUCAUUUAUCUAAAGAUCAUCGUGUUAAAUUUAUUUCAAAACCAAUCUAUUUGAGACAUAGUGACGUUUGGGGACCCUCAAAGGUUUCCGCUUUAUCUGGCAAAAGGUGGUUUGUAACUUUUAUUGAUGAUCACACUAGACUUUGUUUGGUUUACUUACUUGCAAAGAAAUCAAAUGUGUCUCGAAUUUUCAAGGAUUUAUUUCAUAUGAUUGAAGUUCAAUUUAACACAAAAAUUUGUAUUCUUUGAUCAGAUAAUGGAACUGAAUAUUUUAAUAAAUCUUUAGGAGUUUUUUUGAAAGAAAAAUGAAUUUUAUAUCAAUUUACUUGUCGUGAAAUCCCCCAACAAAAUGGUAUUGUUGAACACAAAAAUAGACAUUUACUUGAAGUAGUUAGGGCUAAUAUAUUUUCCAUGAAUGUUCCCAAAUACCUCUAGGGUCAUGCGAUUUUAAUUACUUCUUAUCUCAUCAAUCGAAUGCCCACUCGUGUUUUAAACUUUGAAACUCCUUUACAUCCUUUAAAAAAAUUAUUUCCCAUGUGCUGGCUAUAUUUUGAGUUACCCUUAAAGGUCUUUGGAUGCACUUGUUUUGUUUAUGUUCCACAAAUAUUUUGUUCCAAACUGGAUCCCAUAGCUGAAAAGUAUUUUUUUCUGGACUAUGCUCCUAAUAAAAAAGGAUACAAAUGCUUUAAUCCUGUGACGAAAAAAACUUAUAUAAGUAUGGAUGUGUCUUUCUCGAGACUCAACCUUAUUUUUUCAAAAAUCAUCUUUAGGGGGAGAAUAUAAAUAUUGUGGAAGAAGAUAAAUUUUUGAAUCUUCAUGUUGAGGACGAUACUUCUUUAAAAAUCUAUGAUCCUCUUCCAACCAUGAUUGAUACUCCACUCCACCCUGAUAAACAAUUCGAGGAAACAAAUGUUCAAAGAAGUAUGGAACAAGAUGUGUUUAGUUCACAAGUACCCAACAUGAUGGGAUUGGAACUAGGGGGAGAAUUACCACAAACGGAUCAAAACAAUCUAAAACCGGAGCUUCAGUUUUAUAUGAGAAGGCAAACUCAGAAGAAUACUAUCAAUCCAAAUAUAUUCCUCUAACAAUUGAAUAAUCGGUAUCUCUAAAUGAUGGUUUUUCUUUUUCUCAGAGUAACUCUAAACUCACUCCUUCAAAUUAUUUCUUAUUUGACCUGUCCAAUCUUGAUGCCCCUAUUGCUACUAGAAAAUGAAUAAGAUCUUGUACCAAACCCCCGAUUGCUAAAUACUUGUCAUAUCAAAAACUGUCCAGUCGCCAUAAAGCCUUUAUUUCCAAGAUUUCUAACCUGCAUGUUCCAAGAACUAUUCAGGAUGCCCUUGGUGACCCAGAUUGGUAGUUAGCGGUAAAAGAGGAGAUGAAUGCUCUUGAAAAGAAUGGGACUUAGGAGAUUGUGAAGCUACCAAGAAGUAAAACAAUUGUAGGUUGUAAGUGGGUUUUCACUGUAAAAUGUAAGGCAAAUGGGAGCAUAGAGAGAUAUAAGGCAAGAUUUGUUACCAAGGGGUUCACCCAAAUUUAUGGUAUCGACUGCCAAGAGACCUUUGCUCUAGUGGCAAAGUUAAACUCUAUUUGAGGUCUCCUCUCUCUCGCGGUGAAUUUAGAUUAGCCUAUAUACCUACUUGAUGUGAAGAAUGCCUUCUUAAAUGGCGAUUUAGAGGUAGAAGUGUUUAUAGACCUCCAACCUGGAUUUGAGAAGAGCCUCGAUACCAACAAGAUAUGCCGUCUAAAAAAAUCCUUGUAUGGUCUGAAACAGUCUCUAAGAGCGUGGUUUGAAAGGUUUGAAAAAUCGAUAAAAAGCUAUGGUUAUACUCAGUCAGAGCCAAGCAAACCACACAAUGCUCUUCAAGCGC